GGUCAAUAUUCACAUGCAGCUAAGAGGCGCUCGCUACAUUGAAUCAACCCAUGUAGGACUAUCAAUUCUUGCAUAAGUCUUCAAGUAGGCAGGCUGCGGCAACCAUGGCCUUUUACGACUCUUCUUCUGAUCAAGAAGUCGGUUUUCCGAUUAUUCUCGAACCUGAUGAUGAUUCACUUUUCGAAAUGCGAUUAGACAACACGAGGUUAAAUAACGAUACAAUGAAGGAAGUGCACCAUGUCAAAGAAGUCAAAAAAGUCAACGAGGUUGCAAAAAAUCCCAUGGUGCCAAAACAUCCAAUAAGUUCCAUGCAAGGUGCCUUUGCAGAGUCGAUGCAAGAGGCUAGCGACACAGCUCGAACAGCACCCAAGAUCGGCGACGCAGCGACCCGACGAAAGAUCUUAAUUGAUCAGGAUGUUUCCGAAGAUACACAUGCUUUGCGAUGGCAGAGGCAACCAGGUCAAAAAUACCAUGAAUUGUGGAAACUGAUGGCACAAAUAUCCUUUGGCAUUUAUCUACUCCUCAAUGGAAUCGCUCGAGAUGAAGAACAGGUCAUGUCAAUAUUACAGGGCCAUGUGAAUGAGGUAGAUGGGUUUUUAGAGAUGACGCUGGAGGAUUUCGACUUGGCACAAAGUGAUAUUGAGGAGAGAUUAAAGCACUUGAAACUUCCAUUACAAAAUCUCGCCAUUUUUGAUUCCAUGUUGGAAGAUCGAGCUUUUAGGUCGCAAAUCGUCAGUGGCAAUGAACGCAUCGAGCACGUCAUUGCACGCACAACGGCAGCCAUGAAGGACACUGUUCUCGAUGCGCAGCAAGGAAUGGAUGCUUGUCGGGAAUUCACAAUAUACCUGGCAGGGCAGAAAGAUAGUCGGACAUGGCGAAAACAACGACCCAACAUGGAGAGAGUCUUCGACGCAAUGUGUGGAAAUGUAGAAGGUUGGCAUAAGGCUUAUGUCUCGUUACAAACCAAAGGUAAUCAUCUGGGAGUUUCUCUCGGUCAAUUAGGAAGUAUUGUGGCAGAAAUGGAUCGGAGAGCGGGCAGAAUAAGUCGGGAGUCAAGAUUCAAUAAUUCGUCUCCUAUACAAGCACCAGCUGCUCCAGUAUCUCGCAAUCUUCGAGCUUCCAUGAUAAAAGAACUUCCCAGCGAUCCGAGCCCUACAACUCCAGCAUUUUCAACCGUAUUGCCAGAAAUUGCCUUGAUACAAGACCGAGAGCAAACCCCGGAGCCAGAGUCAGAGCCAGAGUCGGAGCCAGAGUCGGAGCCAGAGUCGGAACCAGAGUCGGAGCCAGAACCAGAGCCGGAACCAGAGCCAGAAUCUGAGAGUGAAACCGAACCUGAACCUCAACCUGAACUGUUAUAUACUCUCAAACCUAUCACAUAUUCACCUCUUCUUCUUCCAACAACGUAUUCUCCAAUUCUUGCUCCAACAACUUACUCCCCAAUACCUCCCGCAACGACACCAGUUCUUACUACGACGACACCAGUUCUUACUACGACGACUCCAGUUCUUACUACGACGACUCCAGUUCUUACUACAACGACUCCAGUCCUUCCCGCCACCACUUAUUCCCCGAUUCUCCCCACAACAACUUACUCUCCGAUGCUGCCUCCGACAACUUAUUCCCCAUUACUUUUGCCGACCACAUAUUCCCCAAUUCCAUCACCAAAACCUUCACCGAAGCCCUCACCUAAGCCUUCACCCAAACCUUCGAUCAACAUCUCGCCCAAAACCUCGCCCAAAACCUCACCCAAGGCUUCUCCAGAAACUUCUCCAAGAAGAGAAAUUCCCCAAGGAUUUGUCCUCCAAUCUGCCCCGGAAGGCAAGAGAAAACCAUCUCUUCGAAAGCGCUUUUCUUUCAAGAAUAAGGAAACCGAAACUGAUAACGAUACUUUGAAACCCCCUCCAAAAUUACUCUCCGCCCCACGAAUCACUUCAGUUGCGGAAUCAGUAGUAGAUCCAUAUCUGUAUUUGAAGCCUGAUACGGUGGUUCGUCCUCGUGAAAGAUCCGAGCAGCGCCGAAUUGAGCCUUUGGAUUUAUCGGCUGAUAGAGCGGAGCGUCAGAGAGAAAAGCAACUUAGAGAGGAGCGUAGCCGAGAACGCGUCAGGGAAGAACGUCGCAGGGAAGAACGUAGAGAAGAACGUAGUAGGGAGUCAAACAGGGAAGAACGUCGCAGGGAAGAACGUAGAGAAGAACGUAGUAGGGAGUCAAACAGAGAAGAGCGAAGAAAUAGAGAUGAAAGGAGCAGGGAUCGUGACAAUGAAAUCCGCAAAAGAGAAGAGCGUAAAGGAUCAGGACCUUUAAGUAUUCCCAGGCACCCCGAACUAGUGAAGGAUUCACCUCCAUCUCGUGGAGUCGAUUCGGCAUACUGCUCUGAAUCAGAUCCUCCAAUUGCGAUUCGUUCGAUACAAGAACACCUCCCAUCACCGGCAUUUCAAUCUCCUUCUUCGGCAAUUUCUGCACCAGUUUUAACAAGUCGCGAACGUGAGAUUCCGCCACCCAUAUUAACAAGAGAUUUCAUCCCAUCCCCUCACUCCGAAAAGCAAUUUUUUCGCCCCGUUAACGCAUCCCCACAUUCACCAUUACAAAGACCAUGGACUGCAGCUCCGAUGCAUCACCACGAGCGUGUGCCGAGCGGGUUAUCAAGAUCAAUGGCACCAAGCCGUAUGGGAAUGAGUGUUAUGAGCGAUAUGACGACCGUCACAAUGGAAGAUGGAAAGAAAGUCAAAAAGAAGAGAAGCGCAUUUGGAUGGCUAAAGAAAGCAUUCAGUCUAAGCGAAGAAGAAAGAGCAGAAUACGAAGAAAGAAAAAGGAGACAAGAACCUGAUCCUUAUUAUGAACAGAGACCCCCAAGGCAAUUUCUAGAUGGAAAGAGGUUACCACAACCUCAAGGGAUUAGAUAGAUAGAGAGCUUGAUGAGCAUAGCGAGCGUGCAUUUUUCUUUUUUUUUUUCUGUGCAAUGAUACCCA